AUGUCCGAGAAAGAGUACUAUUGUCUGGAGUGUGCAACGGUUCAGCCUAUGUCUGAGACCAUGAAAUGCGUGAUCGAGUCCUGCGCUGGGAUGUUGAUUGUGCCGGGACCUGCUGUGAAGUUCGUGCAGAGGGAGGGCUUCGUACUGAUGAACGAAAAGGAAGAAACAGACAAGGGCGGCUUCUUCGGCGGCUGGGUCUGA